UCACUACCUCUAAUAGAACCUCUCUAUCUUUCUCACUUUAUUUUAUUUUAGUUUUUCUAAUUUUAAUUUUAAUUUUUUCUAUUCUUUCUUUUAUUAUUUUGUUGUGACUUGAAAAGCUUCUUUCCUUCCUGAAUGUACACAGCUUAGUCUCAGAGAGAGAGAGAGCGAGAAAGAGAAAGAGCGAAAUUAAGAUAGUUUGUUGAAGUCCCGCCACCAUGGGUGCUCUAGCUCCUGUCACUCCUUGGAUUCCUGAAGAUGACUUUUUGCUGAAAAACGCCGUCGAGCAAAUAUACUAUCUCUGUUAAUAGAUUUUGAAAUCAAUGGAUUUCUUGUGUUUAAGCAUAAAUAUUUUGGCAUAAAAGAAACAGUUUUCUAAUUUCCAAGUGCAUAUAUUUUUUCACUGCCAUUAAAAGGGGAAAAAAAAAAAAAAAAGGAAAGGAAAAGAGAAGAAAAGAAAAGAAAGGAAAACAUGUCUAACCAAAACAUUCUAGGGGUAGUUUUUUCUUUUUUGCUUAAGAUUCUAGGUCUUGUUUGGCAUAGCUUCUGGGAGUGUUUGGACAAUAUUCAAGAAGUACUUCUGGCAUCUAGAACCACUUCUAACUAAAAUCAAUGAAGAGUGGCUUCCUCAAUAAGCACUUUUGGAGAAGCAGAAGAAGAAGCCCUUAUUUAGGCUGGUGCUUCCUUGGAGUCACUUGCUAAAGGUGCUGUGCAAUUUUCUCGCAGAUUUACUGUUCGAGAACUGCAAGAUCGGUGGCUUUCUCUCCUUUAUGAUCCUGUUGUUUCUGCAGAAGCUUCUGCUUGUAUGAUUGAGUUUGAGCAUUCUGCGUCAAUGCUUCCAUCUAAGUUUGAUAAAAUUGCAAAUUCAAAAGAAAACAAGUGUGUUUCUGGGAAGAGGAAAGUUGAAAGUGUCCGUAGUUGUUACUAUGCUCGGCGUAAACGGAUCUGCAAUGAACCCUUUAAUUCCAUGGACCUCAGCUUUCUUGUUGCACCUGGUAGUAGCAAUUAUGUAGUAAACGGAGAUGAGCAUCUAUCUGCAAAUUGCAUGCCUGGGGAUCCGAUGUCAAAUCCUUUUGGAUUUGAGGGGUCGGAUAUGGAUGCUAUAGACCAUGCUUUUCCUCAAAAUAUGAUUGAUAGUGGUGAUGCGGCAGUCCAUAACUUCCAUUUAGGAGUCCAGAAUCCUGUUGCAGGAGGUUUUCAUAUUGAGCAAAAUAACACACAUAAUGAAAUUCCUCAUAUUUUUGGGGAGAAUCCUGUUGCAGGUACUGGCUCUGGGAUUGAGGACUUGGGACAAUCGAAAGAAUUGCCAGUAUGUGACUUCUUUAAAGCUGAUGACUUGGGAAUGAAAUCCCCAUCUGCAUUUGAUCAUAUUAAUAGUGACCAGCCAAAUAUGUGCUCCGAUUUUGAAGGGAAUAAGGUCUUUAAUUCACCUAUUUCAGAAUGUGGAGCAUCAUUUAGCAGCUUGGAUUAUUCAUCUCCACUUCCUGGGAUGUCAAUGUGGAGAACAGUCUCAGCACCAGCUUUGCCAGUUGACUUCAGUCUUAAAGAUAAAGAUCUGUGCACUGGAGGUUCUUUUGAACUUCCUGAUGAUUAUGAUGCUAAAAAUACAGGAACAUCAGGGUAUGAUGUGCCAUUGGACAUUGAGGUGAAAACCGAAAUGGAUUUGGAUGAUUUCAAAGGUGAUAGUAACCGCGAAGGUUAUUUGGCAGAAUUAUCUAAUUCCUUAAUGGACUUUACCAAUGAUGAAGAAUUCCAAUGCAUGAAUUUUGAUGGAAAAGACCUAGGUAAGUCUUACUUUGAUGGCCUGAGCUCGCUUUUGUUGAAUUCACCAAAUGAUGUUGGUCAAGAUAACAUCAAUAAUAUAACUGAAGCAGAGACAUCAAUAGCUCCGGAUGUGUGUAUUACAAGUUCUUCUGGUGUGUGUCCUGGAGAACUAGAUGACAUUGGGGGCUCUCACAAUGUUGAUGGACAAAUGUCUUGCAGUUCAGAGACUCAGAUGGAAUCAUCUAUACUAGCUUCCAGUUUUCAAUUUCCUGAAUUGAAAGAUGGAGUUAUUAACUGCAUGUUAAACACAGAAGACCCGGAAAUUCCAUGCAAUGAUGAUAUAUUUCUUCCAAAUCAUUUGUCCCAGACGAUGAUGCCCUCUACAGCUGAACAGAAGUUUCAAGAAGCUAAUAACACCAUUUCUUCAUCUCCUAAGGAUUUCUCUGGCAUUCAAAAAACUAGUGAUAGAGGACCAAGCCUUAUGCACAAAGAACGAAAUGCUCCUGGAAAAUCUCAUGCAUCUUCUCAAAUGUUGUGUCCAAAUAUGCAGGAAAUAGGCUCAAAACCUUCUCUUGUUAAUUUUGGGGUUAAAUUUGAGCCGUCUAAGCCUGAGUUACCUAAUGUAAUUUCUAAGGCUGUAGGUAUUGCCAGUGGUUGUCCAGAUCAGAUUGGUAUAGAAAAUGUAAGAACAAAAGUUUCCCCUGAAAUGCAUGAAAAUGGUAAAGAAAUUGUAUUCACAAAGCAUCUCACCGCAACUGAUCGUUUUAUAGAGAAGCAAGCUUUUGAUUCUGAGAGCUUUAAAAGCUAUUCUCAGACAAAUGCUAGUGGAAUUAAAGAGGAACAUGAUGUGUCAGUUGCAACUAGAGAUCAGCAAUCAAUACAUACAGAAGUAGCAUCCAUGAACAAUGUUGUCCCAGAACCAGCUUUAAAUUCUCCAAUUCCAGAACAGGAUGGGAUGCUUAUUGAGAGUGAUGAUGAUGUACCUUGUUAUUCAGAUAUUGAGGCAAUGAUACUUGAUAUGGACUUGGAUCCAGAUGACCAGGACUUGUAUGCGAGGGAGGAAGUCUUAAGAUAUCAGAAUGAGUCCACUAAAAGGGCCAUCAUAAGGCUGGAACAGGGUGCUUAUUCUUAUAUGCAGAGAGCUAUUGCAUCUCAUGGAGCACUUGCCAUUUUAUAUGGGCGCCACUCAAAGCAUUAUAUUAAGAAACCUGAGGUUUUGCUUGGUAGAUCAACAGAAGAUGUGACUGUUGACAUUGACUUGGGAAGAGAAGGCCGUGCUAAUAAAAUAUCCCGACGGCAGGCAACUAUUAAGUUGGAAAAAGGAGGAUCAUUCCAUCUCAAAAAUCUAGGAAAGUCUGCAAUCUCCAUUAACGGCAAGGAAGUAGGCCCUGGACUGAGUGUAAGCCUUAAUUCCAAUUGCUUGAUUGAGAUAAGGGGAAUGCCAUUCAUAUUCGAGACAAACCCCACUCGCAUCAAGCAGUAUCUGGAUAGCAUCACGAACAUUGCUCAAAUACAGGAGCACCAAUUGUGAAUGAUUAACUCAGACGCCAAAAACAGUGAUCCUAUCAAAAGUUCAGGCUAAUCUCUCUCCCUCUCUCUCUCUCUCUCUCUCUCUCUCUCUCUCUCUUUUCAAUAUAUAUAUAUAUAUAUAUUUUUUUUUUUUGGGGGAAAAAAAAAUUUAUGGUGCAAAUGAUAAUAGCAGGUCAAUACCAAAUGUCAAAAGUUUUUUUCAUUUUUAUUUUUCAUCAAUUCAUUUCUAAGAAAAUUUUCUUGUGUAACAGUUCGGUAAUGUGGUAGAAGACAUGAGUAGAAUCAGUUCUAGUCAAAUGUAUAUGUUCUAUAAGUUAUCUGAUUGAAGCAGAUUUUCUAUAAUUUUUCAUGUA